UACAGGAGAUGAUCAGAGACUGCAGAUAUAAUACAGGAGAUGAUCAGAGACUGCAGAUAUAAUACAGGAGAUGACCAGAGACUGCAGAUAUACUACUGGAGAUGAUUUGAGACUGCAAAUAUACUACAGGAGAUGACCAGAGACUGCGGAUGUACUAUAGCAGAUGACCAGAAACUGCAGAUGUACCACAGGAGAUGAUCAGAGACUGCAGAUGCACUACAAGAGAAGAUCAGAGACUGCGGGUGUACUACAACAGAUGACUAGAAACUGCAUAUGUACUACAGGAGAUGAUCAGAGACUGCGGGUGUACUACAACAGAUGACUAGAAACUGCAUAUGUACUACAGGAGAUGAUCAGAGACUGUGGACAUAGUACAGGAGAUGACCAGAG